AUGCCAUCAAGUAAUCCACCAGCGCCGUCUUCGGCCCAACUCGAAGAGGUGAAAGAUGCCGUGCGCGCGCUGCUUCACCAGCCAGAGUACGACGAUGGCUCUGCUGGCCCAGUCCUCGUACGCCUCGCAUGGCACUCUGCUGGCACAUACGAUGCCGCCUCCAAGACGGGUGGCUCCAACGGCGCCGGCAUGAGAUACGAGAAGGAGGGCGGCGACCCGGCCAAUGCCGGCCUCGCCCACGCCCGGGCCUUUUUGGAGCCCGUCAAGGAAAAGUUCCCCUGGAUCACGUACGCAGAUCUCUGGUGUCUGGCCGCCGUCGUGGCCGUCAAGGAGAUGGGCGGGCCCGAGGUCCAGUGGCAGGGCGGCCGAACCGACUUUACCGACGACAGCAAGGUGCCGCCGCGGGGUCGGCUGCCCGACGCCGCCCAGGGUUCCGACCACCUGCGGCACAUCUUUUACCGCAUGGGCUUCAACGACCAGGAGAUCGUGGCCCUGUCGGGCGCACACAACCUCGGCCGCUGCCACGGCGACCGCUCCGGCUUUGAGGGCAAGUGGGUAAACCAGCCCACCCGCUUCUCGAAUCAGUACUACCGACUGCUGCUGCAAAACGACUGGAAGAAGAAGAAGCUGGCCAAUGGCCUCGAGCAAUUCGUCUACGUGGACGAGGAGAUUGAGCUCGAGGAGGGCGAGGAGCCCGAGGAGCUCAUGAUGCUGCCGACCGACAUGUCGCUCCUGUCGGACGCGGCGUUCCGGCCGUGGGUGGAGCGCUACGCCAAGGACAAGGACCUCUUUUUCGCCCACUUUGCCGCCGUCUUUGGCAAGCUUUUGGAGCUGGGCCUUGUGCGCGACGCUAGCGGCAACAUUGUCAAUGAGGAGAAUGUCGAGGGCGGAUACCAGAGCGCCCCCAAGAAGAGCGACACGGCCGACACGCCCCGCGACCAGGGCAAGGGCCAGAUUGGCCACGAGGCGGCUCCUCUACAGAAGGAAAACGAGAAGUUCCAGAAGAGAAAGGACGGUGCAAGGCUAUGA